AUGUCUACAUCACAUCACAAUGAUCUGGAGCUGCUUCUUGUCGAUAGCAACAUCUUUCCUGAGGGCUUCCGACAUCCAGAUAGCUAUUCAGCUCCCGAACCGAGAAACUUGGAUGAGAUAUUGAACCGACUGUCCGCUCCGAGGCCUGGACUGCCCGCGUACGAAGAGACUGAUUUUCAAAUGUUCCAGCGCACGAACAGUUCUCUUUCGAGAAGCACGAUAAUGAGGAAAGUCAUACCGAUCCUCGAAGGCAGCGUCGACGGCAGCGGAAUCAAGCCGGACACUGUGAAUGACGGCGGAAUCGAGUUGGAUAACUUAACUCCGCUUGUCGAGGGCGUCGACGUAGUGCUUCAACCGGAUUAUUUCGAUGGAGCUCCUUUUACCGCCAUCAACAGGCAGGUAAGAGAUGCCUUGGGUGGCAUCAUCAUCCCGAGCAAGCACAUCGGCGCCCCGGUACUGCCCAACUUCUUCCUAGAGGUCAGAAGGCCAUCCGGCAAUGCUGUCACUGCAAAGACGGAGGCGUGCUAUUACGGGGCAUGUGGCGCGCGUUCGAUACAUGCACUCCAAAACUAUGGUCGUGAUGGCACGCUAGAACAUGACGGGAAUGCGUAUUCGUUCAGCUCAACCUACAUCAAUGGCCUCCUCAAAAUAUACGCCCACUUCAUCGUUGGACCGGGCGAUACCGACGAAGCAUUGCCGGCAUAUCACAUGGUUGAGCUCAAGGCGUUCAACAUGACAAGCACCUACCAGAGUUUCAUUGAUGGUUGUGCUGCUUUCCAAAAUGCACGGGAAUUGGCGGCUGAGUUCCGAAACGGCUUCAUUUCAUAUUUGGGAUCAAGUUAA